CAGGUUGGCAGCGGUGCGGUGGCGAAGUUGGUAAAUGUUGAAUGAUAGAAACUCAAUUUUGGUAAAGCUUAUGUUCAAACAGCUGAGGGUAUUGCUAGUCGGUAGGAUACUAGCGAUAAUAACGAUACCUUUGCGAUAGAGAUAAGGGUCGUACCGGGUUCGUGGUACUCGCACUCCCGCCACGUCUACUUUACGUCAAACGUGGGCUGGCAUUUAUCGCCGACUAUAAAUAGCGCAUACCCUACCACCGAGUAGAUUGAGUUAUUUAUAACCUUAAUUAGCUAUCCUGGCGCUGCGUUUGCUUACCCGCUUGUAUAUUUAAACCCAAUCAUUCGGAACAAACAAACAAACAAACAAACAACUAAAUGGUUGAGGAAAAGCAUACUAGGUCUACCAGAUCCUCCUCCCAUAGCUAUAGAGGGAUGCAAGUUCAAAUCCUUCACGGCAUAAAAACUUUUAUCGGAGUGGUGCACGGGCCCGCAGUGGCAGCAGUGGCACUCACGGCGGUGGGGUCGUACAUCCACGUGAGCCAGCUCAUACAACUUCACAAUCAUCCAGAGGAUGCUCAAAAACUCGAUGCCAAUGACUAUGCGUGGGACAUUUACUCGAGUGUGUUAAACCUUGUGUUUCUCACGCGGUUUGCCCUCAACACCCAAUUGAAUGUAGCAUGGGAACUGGUUCUUCUCGUGGUGCAGUUUGGGUUUCUUGCUCACAACGUGCUAACGCUAGGGAUAGUGUUAACAUGGAGCUGGGUGUCGGUGCUCUAUUACCUCCAGAUUGUGUGUCCAGCGGUGAUGAAUGUGAUCAACAUUUUGGACUAUUUUCGGGGCCACAUGGGGGUUACCCAUUUGAUGGUGAAUUUCAACAACAACAUAUUGCCGGUGUUAUUGACAAACUCGUUUAUGUGCAUCAACCUAUCUUUCAAAGUGUACUACGAUACAUGGACAAUGACGGCGUACCGACUUCUUGAAAACCUGUUGAAGAUCUACUGUUUGUAUCAGUAUAUUUUGUAUGAGUUGUUCAACCAAUUUGAAGACGAGUUUUUACCGUAUGAAGGGCACAGUCGACAGGAUUAUUUUUUAGUGGUUACGCUUAUAAUGCAGGUGGUAUAUGACGGUGGUACAUGUGGGCGUUGACAAGAUGGUAACGUUAUAAUGAGCUAGUAAUAAAUACCAGUUAGUAAAGCCCAACCGGUUUCGGUUGGUCGCAAGAACUUGAAUAUGUCAGUAGUUUUCCUUUAAAAUAGGUGUAGGAAGCCGAGUCAGUAGUUGAACGGAGGGCUAAUGUUGGGGGAAGUGUACAUGAGGCGAAGCCAGUAGUUGAGGGCUAGUACUGGGGGAAAGUGUACAUGGAGGCGAAGUCAGUA